GGAUUCAUUUAGUGGACAGACGCGUCAGUACUUCCUGUUAUUAGACGUUUUUCUCGCGUAGAAACAUGUUGCGAUAGUUUGUAAACAUCCUUGAUUCCCUUUAAAUUCAGACUUUAAAUCUUUAUUUGUAGUUUAUUUGUGUAUUGUUGUCGGUAACGUUAUGCCUCUGUCGGACCGGUCCAGCUCAGACGGCGGCGGUCCUGCUCGCAGUCCCCGGGCCCGGAGACCUCGGACCCGGAGCCGCAGCGACAGCCGAGACCGGAGCCUUUCUCCGGACAGCUUCGGGCCAAAGCUCCCCAAGCCGCGCAACCGGGAACGGGAGCGCGAAGAAAGGGAGCGUCGGUUCCGAGAGGCGAGGAACAUCAGACGGAUCCGAAUCGGAAGCCCACACCGGAGCCGCUCCCGGUCCCGAUCCCGGUCCAGAGAGCGUCACAACAACAACAGCAGCAACAACAGCUGGUCCGAGCAGCGCGACACAGCCGGGAAACACCGGGAUGAAUAUUACUACGAGCAGCAGAGAGACGACGCUCAGCGGCAGAGACAAGAGGCUUUUAUUGCCAGGCGUCUGCAAGAGCGAGAGCGGAUCGGUGAGUUGGGCUGUCCUGAAGUGUGGGGAUAUUCACCGCGAGUAAAGGAACCAGACUCUGAUGAAUUCACACCUGUUGAAAACGAGAAAAACAGCAGCUCAGAAUCCAACUCAGAAGAAGAAAAGAAGAAGAAGAAAAAGAAGAAAAAGAAAUCCAAGAAAAGAAAGAACAAAAAGCAUUCGGAAGACAGCGAGCUGGAAUCAGAUUCAGAUGAGGAAGAAGUGAAGAAGAAGAAAAAGAAAAAGAAGAGCAAAAAGUCCAAGAAGUCCAAGAAGAAGAAGGCGAAGAAGAGCCGCAAGGAGUCCAGCGAGUCCAGCAGUGAAGAGUCUGAGGAGGAGGAGGAGGAGGAGGAAGAGGAUCCCAACUCGGUGAUGUGGGUGGAGAAAACCUGCAUAGAUGAACACCUGGUGGGACCUGAAGCUCCGCUCACCCAUAUGUCCCAGGACGACCGGCCUUUGGACUUUGGUCAUGCUCUGUUGCCAGGUGAAGGUGCUGCCAUGGCGGAGUACGUGAAAGCAGGCAAACGUAUCCCGAGAAGAGGAGAGAUCGGUCUCACCAGCGAGGAGAUCGCAAACUUCGAGAAGUCCGGCUACGUGAUGAGCGGAAGCAGACAUCGUCGUAUGGAGGCCGUGCGUCUGAGAAAGGAAAACCAGAUUUACAGCGCGGAUGAGAAGAGAGCGCUGGCCUCCUUCAACCAGGAGGAGAGAAGGAAGAGAGAGAGCAAGAUCCUGUCCAGCUUCAGGGAAAUGGUGUACAGAAAAACCAAAGGCAAGGAGGAGAAGUGAACGUCACAUCCACAGUUUUCACUUAUUAUCCUGUUAGACACCUUUUAGUCUUUGUUUUGUGACCUGAGGUGUUUUAUUACGUUGAGUUUUAGAGGGAUGUGCAGCGCGCAGGGAGGGUUUUUAUAUUCUAAAUGUAAAGAAAUGUGUAAAGACGGGAGUCAGCAUCUUCUGGCACCUUAAAAGUUUUGUUUUGCUUCAUUCUUACUUAAUGGAACUAGUCUUUAAUUUCAUGGUUUAACCUCUUGUAAAUUUUCACAUGUAAUCCUAAACAGAAUAAAUAAACUUUGAUCAAGUCA